GCCGCGUUCACACGUAGACGCAUACGUAUUCCAACUUACGUUAUAACGUGUCAACAACCUAUAAACAUCUCAAAGAAACUCCGCUGAGAUUGACCACUGUGUUACGCUGUGCUGUGUUGUGUAAAACUUUUUUGAUUAGAAAGUGCGUGUGCAGUGUUUAUUUCUGGGGAACACCGAUGGAGCGGGAGCGGUGAUGUUUCGAGCCGCGUGCGCAGCGGCGCUGUGGUGCGCGCUGGCCGUCGCCGCAGCCGCCUACACCGUCGACUGCAACCACGAAUACACCGACUGUGAUACGGAGCUAAGUAAAAUUACUGAUGAUGAGGAAACGGCAUCAACAUUACCACAUAAAACAUCAUCAGUAAUAGAUGUGACGACUCCUGGAACAACUACUACAUCUACGGAAGAACCAACACGAUCAACAGCUGAAGAGCAAAUUACGAAACGAAACAAUACAGAAGCGCCUAAAUCCCCUGAUACUAAAGAAGCCACAGAGUCUAUAGCAAGACCUAUGCCUAGGUUAUUAAAUUUAAAUGUUGAAGAAUUACAAAAUUUCGCUAUUGCGUUACAUAAUCAAACCAAAGGACCAAAAAAAGCUUUAGAGGAUCUUAGUGAUGUAAAUUUGGAUAACGAAGAUGAGGAUGAGCCUCCGAGACUUAUGGGAAACGAUCCUAAAAAUAAACAGAUACCUGAUAAAUUUUAUACAAAUCUCCAGGCGCCCUUCAAUCCAUUGUUGACAAUUGAUAAAUCUGAAGAAAUAGAAACAUGUAAGGAGAAUGAAGUUACGUAUAAGAUCGGUGAACGUGUAGACAGAGGCUGUGAAGAGACAUGUGAGUGUUCAUCUGGUGGUAUUUUUGAAUGCUCGCCGAGAUGCAAACAACCAUUCAUACGUCGAGGCAGGCGUCUCAACGAUCCCCUGUGUUUUGAAUCUCCGGUCGAUGAAUGCUGUUCUAUUAUUGCGUGCGCUACAGGGAAUGGAGAUGCAAAACCAACGACUCUAGAGGUGUGUCGUUACGGCAAUGAAACUUAUCCAGUGGGCGGAAAGUGGAAUAUCAGGUGUGAUCAAACGUGCACUUGCGAAGAGCAUUCUGUUGUCACUUGCAAACCGAGGUGCAAGCGUCUACCGCAAUCUGAUAAAUGUAUCAACGUACAGGAUCCUCAUGACGAGUGUUGUGAGGUACAAAUAUGUGACGUUUCUCAAGAUGUCCACGAAGAGCCUGUUGAUAAUAGCACCACUUCUACAACAACUACUACACCGAUACCGAAAGAUUUACAAGAACUAAUUAAACCUCAGACAACGCACCGCCCAUUGGUAUUGACUGAACCUAUAGGUUCAAUCAAAGUCUUACAGAACAAUAGUGUUCAAAUCAAUCUUAUGCACAUGAACAAAAGUGACGAUCCCAUUCAUCUACUAUUGAGUAGUGAUGGGGGAAGAACCUACCAUGAUGUGGAAUUGAAAUAUUCGAAUUUGAUUCUUAAUCUUGAAGGGGGUAAAGAUUAUGUAGUCAAAACUAAAGAAACUGGAACCAAAUUUAAUUUUACAAUAACAGCGUCCGAUGUUGGUAAUGAAGUACCAGUAGAGGAAACUGUUAAUGUGACGAAGGAGGGUUGUUAUCAUGACGGCCAAUUUUAUGGAGUUGGCGACGAAUUUCAAAUUGGUUGCACGGAACUCUGUGAAUGCACUGGACCUGACAGUAGAGAAUGUGCACCUCUGAUUUGUCCUUCACAUGUUGGUCUGGAACUUGUGUCGAAAGGCUGUGUGCGAUGGGCCCCGAAUCCACCACCUCAGCCUCCGAACUGUUGUCCGAGGACUGCGCGGUGCCUGAGCGAUGGAACUUGUCAUUUCAAUGGUGUGCCAAUUCAGAAUUGGAGUGAAGUUCCACUGGAACUGACAGGAUGUGAGCAGCAUUGUUUUUGUGAGAAUGGAGAAUUAGACUGCCAGGAGGCGUGCAAUCCACUGCCACCUAUACCUCCUCAAACACUAAGAUGUCCACCGCAAAGUCGACCGGCGCCUGUAAACAUAUCCGACGACGACUGUUGCAAGCAAUGGGGUUGUAUACCCCAUGGUCAAAUUCCACCAGGAUUCCCUGCGAAACCCCCAUCGCAUGGACAGCCCCCUCAAUUCCUACCAACGGUGCCACCUGAGGAUCGAUACCCACAAGAAGAUAUUCCCGAUUACGACCAGAAUAAUAUACAUCGUCCGGUUAACCCCCUAGUUCCAUCCCUAUCUGGGCUUCCUCCAGGAUUACCGAUACCGAGUUAUGGAGACGAGAAUAAGAAGCUUGCGGUAUUGUCGUUGCAAGGAGAUUCCCCCACGAGCAUAAAGAUGUUAUUUGGUCUCCCACCAGUAUUAGUGGGACUACGUGGCAGUGUUGACUUGAGAUAUACGGAUUCAGCAGAUGAAGAUAUAUCGCAAUGGUAUUCUCAAGUUUUUGCACCAGCAGACGAAGUUUUGACCACACCACGCCUUGAAUUCCGUUUGACUGGACUGAAACCCUCAUCUACUUACAAGAUCAGAGGCAAACUAUACUUGCACAAUCUCCCUGUUGAACCUGAAAGUGAAAUAUAUACCGUGCGCACGCAAGAUUUACCCACAGUACUUCCUCCAGAGGAAAAGCGAAGAAAAAUAGACGGAAAAUUAACCGUUGUAGAUGUUAAUGACACAACAGCUCAUGUUAGCUGGAGGCACUUCAAUGAAGAGGAAUUACGAUUUAUUGAUGGCAUACAAGUUCGGUAUCGUCCAACUGGCACCCCAAUAUUCAGCAUGACGGAGAUUCUACACCACAGCCGGUCAGCCGCUGAGCUACAUGAUCUCCACCCCGGUAGCACGUACGAGGCUUCCCUCGUAUUGAUACCACCGCCACAUGCCACCACUGAAUUAUACGAUCCUGAUAAUGUUGAGUUUAGCACAACACCGUACAUAGAUCCAUACAAUUGGUCGGUGACGGUAGAAGUAAGAGCAGUGGGCUCCGGAGCAGUGGAGAUGACUUGGCGAGGGAUUCCCGUGCCUCCAGAAAGAUGGGUGCGAGUGUAUCGCGCAGCUCACGCUUGCGGGGACAGCAAAAAGGAACAUGAUGCAUUCCGUCUCGCUGCUAGAGAUUCACCUCCUGCUAUCACGCUAACGGGUCUAGAACCAGAUGCAAAAUGCCGUGUGUGGUUAGAACUCUUCUUGAGUAACGGUAAAGUGAAGACCAGUAAUGUUUUGGACAUUCAUACAAAAUCACUAGAAUCUUCAGAAUCUAUUGACAAUGUAAUCGAGGCAUCAUCAGUUGCUGGUAGCCGUGGCCCUCCUGGUGGAGACUACUACGGAGCGCUUGUGGUAGUUGGAGUGGUGGCGGCUUUGGCCGCGCUCACGUCCGUUCUAUUGCUGCUGGUUGUGGUCAGACGACAUCGACCACGAUCUGUGCCAAUCACGUCUGUGCCAUCAGCGCCCCGAGAGUCAUCUCUACCGCCUUACGACAAUCCCGCGUACAAACUAGAGUUACAACAGGAGACUAUGGAUCUCUGACAAUUAAAUUCCCGUGGGCACGCGAACGGGCUCAACGGGACCACUGAACGUGCACAAAAUGGCCGGCCAUACAAUGAAAUGGGUGUUUAACACACAUGAUUGAAUAUUAUACUCCUAACGGUUACCUAACCUAACCUAGCGGUUUUGAAGAUUUCAGGGGUUUUAUUAAGAUACAGAGACAAAAAUAAUUUAUUAUCUCUUUUUACCACCUAUCUCAUUUAUCAAUACAUAUAUGAAAAUAUUGCACCUACUAUAUUUUCGUAUAUUGAGUAACUUACUUUAGAAAACUUUAUCGUAUAUUCUGAGUUAAAUUUCAACUCCCGUCUUUUUGUUUAGUCUAACUAGACUACUACAUAAAGACUAAUCUACAGGAAUAAUAAUAAAUACAAAUUUAAAGUUGACCCUUGCAAACCCUUACAAUUUCCUCAUAUAUGUUUGUAUGUAGGUACGUUUGACAUAUAUGAUUUUUUCAAGAACUAUCCACAGCACUGUAGUGCUGUCAUCUGAGUUACAAAAUACGGAUAUCGCUAUGUAGCAUAUCAAUGUAGGUAAGAAAUCAUAUUUUGAUAGUAAAGUAUGACACAUAAGCAUGGUAGGUCUCGACUUUUAUAUAAGCAUGAUUAAGGGGGUAUCUACCAUAUAGGUACGUGUUCUGUACCCUUAGUACAAGAUCAAUAUGCAAGCUAUCGUUCAAGUAUCCGAAAUAUUAUGCCUUCAAAGUAAUAGCUACCUAAUAUGUAGCGUUUCAAAGUACCAAAUUCAAUACUAUAGAUAAUAGAUGUUUAUUUCACGAACGUACCGCUGAGAGCGCUGGCUGUGGUAGUGUAAACGAAUUUGAACUUUAAACUAAGGUCCGUAAGUUCAAUUUUACUCAGACCUCACAUAGUUUAAAUUUUCUAUGCUGAAUAUAUGAUCUUGUACCAAAUGUAUUGACUUACUUGACCAGUUAUUAAAACAAUUAUGUAUAGAAAAUGUGGUAAGUAAAACGUGUGCCUUAUUGCAUAAUAUUUUUGUAUAUAAUGUUGAUAUUAAAGUUAAGGAUAGGCGAUACUUUAAUGUGUAAGACUGGUGACCACUUUUGUGGCCACGACUUAUUUAAUUUUCAAAACGAUGUUAUUCUAGGUAAAUACUAAGGCCUUCUGGCUAAAUAGAAUGAAAAUAAUAACCCAUUUGCAUAAUUAUUUCUAAACUGGACAAUCUAACUUUCAUUCCACUAUUAAAACUGAGCAUUUGUCUAUGGUAUAAAAACACACUGGUUUUUUUUGAAGAUAAUGAUCAUUAAAAUAUAAUAAAAGUGUGUGUGAAAAUUAUGUUUUCGCUCACGAUUUCUAAGCGAUGUUUGUGUUGUUAAUUCACUAGUGAAAUAGCCGUAUGUUCUUACCCUCAAAAGACAGUAAAAGUGACGGAAUAUAAGGCCUGCUCGACUUGUUCUGACCAAGAUGAAAACCGUUUUUGUUCUCGCUCAUGAUGUCUUCAUCUUAAGAUUUCCUUGCGCCUUUUGUAUUAUUUUCCAAUCAUUGUGUUGCUCUCUAUUCUUCCUUUAUUUUACUUACUUGGUAGUGGUGCAUAAAUAAAGAGUAUAAAUAAAGAGUAUAAAUAAAUAAAAAAAGGUUAAAGGUUGGUACAGAACCUACAUGUGGAGUGCAAGAUUUGUAAUAUGCAUGCCAUAAGGUCAGUAUUUGUCGAAACUAGUUUUGCUGGUCAAUAUGGCACGAAUUGGUAUGGGUGACAUUUUUUAAAUGCACACUUAUCAUAUCUACUGGUGACUUAUAUCACUCGCUACCCUGCCUGGGAGUAAAUAUUGUUUCGGCCAACUAGUUUCAAUAAUCUUGUCUUUCUUGAUAAAGAGGGCACAUCUUAGUUUUGGCAUCGGUGGAAAGAUAGCCGUAGCUUAGUCGUACAGCGCUCAGGCCGUGAUCGCGAUUGAGUUACAGGUGCAAAUCCUGUCGUUUCUAAAAAAAAAAUUUAUAUGUGUUUUUAAAAAUGUUUAAAUUUGAUAUUAUCUCCAAUUGUAGGUAAAAACACUAUAAUGAAAAUUAUGAAAUACGUAAUAUUACUAUGCAGUUUCACUUUGUCCGAACAAAUUACUAUCACUUGCGGAAACUAAUACUCAUCUUAAGAAGAACUUAAGUGAAUGCUUUAUAUUUUGCGUAUAUCUGCCUAACUAACCAAUAGAUACCUAUCUAUUUCACCAAGCUAAGUUAAGGCUUAGGCGCCGCCGCCGGGACAAAUUUCUUACGUUGUUGCCGUGGGCUUAAAAAGGUUGGAAACCCCUGAGUUAAGGUAUGGUGAUAAAAUACAAAAACAGUACUAGAAUAAUGAGUUUUAUGUUAUUAUACUUAAUAAGUUACC